UAUUAAUUUUAACAGCAAUUCCUGAGUUUGUAACACAAGUGAAUGUCGCCUUGGAAGCCUUAAGUAAAAACUCUUUGGAUGUAUUUGAUGAUGAUCAAUUUGUGGACAUCUCAAAGAAGAUCUAUGAUACAAUUCAUGACAUCAGAUGUUCAGUCAUGAUGAUUCGGACCCCAGAGGAACUGGAGGAUGUUUCUGACUUGGAAGAGGAACAUGAGGUGUGCAGUCACACCAGCAUUCAGACUGAAGGGAAAACUGAUAGGGCUAAGAUGACUCAGUUGCCUGAGGCUGAAAAGGAAAAGAUUGCUGAGCAGGUUGCUGAUUUCAAGAAAGUAAAGAGUAAACUGGAUGCUGAGAUUGAAAUAUGGGAUGAUACAAGCAAUGAUAUCAUUGUUCUGGCCAAGAAGAUGUGUAUGAUUAUGAUGGAGAUGACAGACUUCACAAGGGGCAAAGGACCACUAAAGCAUACAACUGAUGUGAUUUAUGCCGCUAAAAUGAUAUCAGAAUCAGGAUCAAGGAUGGAUGUCCUUGCUCGACAGAUUGCUAACCAGUGUCCAGAUCCAUCAUGCAAACAAGAUUUGUUGGCCUACCUGGAACAGAUUAAGUUUUACUCUCACCAACUGAAGAUAUGUAGUCAAGUUAAAGCUGAGAUCCAGAACCUAGGAGGAGAGCUCAUCAUGUCAGCUGUGA